CACAUGGCACCAUGCCCACGCUCUGGUCCCACCUUCAUCACUCAUGAAAACAGCCUGCUUUACCGCCUCCAUCUAAAACAGUCUCAACACCCUUUUCCUGCGGAGUACGUCGGCUUUCACUGAGCUGCAGGACACCACCUGAUGAAUCCACCAAAACUACCUCAGAGACCACAACAUCAUCAAACCUCCAUCCUCCUCCACUCCAGGCUUCUGUCCAUAAGAGUCAUGAUUGGAGUCGCUCGGCAGCUCUGAGUGCAGCUCAGAGACAGCGUAAUCCUGAAGCGCCCCUGCAGGAUCCCUAGGAACGCAGCUGUCCACAAACACACAGACUGAAGAUUAAUCUUUGUGUCAUCAAUCUGAGGCUUGACAGACGACUGAUGUGAUGGGCCGCAGCCAGAGAGGGAGAAGGUCUUCGCGGCUUCUGACCUGCUCUAUGAAGUUCACAUCCUGCUGGCCGAUCCUGGUACCCAGGCCGUAUGUUUGAUACCACUGUUUCCUUCUUUGUAUCUACUCAGAUUUUCACAAAAAGUGAUUAAAAUUUACAGUUUUCUCUCAAGGUCUCACACCAAAUAAUAACCAGAUAAUCAAUAAUCCUCAGUCUGUUUACACUGAUUAUGUUGUUGGCUGGUUGCUAGUUAAGAUUUUCACUGAUUUCACACCAAUAAUAAACUACACCAUCACCCCACGUGACUCACACCAUGUCACUUCGAUAAGACACCAGCAAGCUGAGGGUUAACGUGACUGAUCCGCCGAUUGUCUUCACAUUAAAGCCCCUCAGAGGUUUCUGUCUUACUUCCUGUCUAUGGAUGAACCGCAGCAGUGUCAAUCUGAAUCCACUGUGGUGCUGCUAGAGUGAGCAGGUGUGGAGCUCUGGGCUCAGUUUGACCUUCUGUGGGCGGUCGGUGAGUACGAGCAGGUGGAGAGGGGGGCGUUUUGAAGGCGGAGCUGUAGUGGAUGAAGAGCCCGCUGACAUAUCUGUCCCAGCUGUUCCAGGUGAUCGGGAGACCCGUUUGCUCUUUAGGUGAAGUAGUGUGGUCCAGAGUGGGAGCAUGUUUGGCUAUCAGGAUGUUACGGGGAGCGGGGCUUCGUUCCAGUAGUGCUCUUACGCACGACGUCAUACGUCACGUCCGGAAACACAAGAUGGCGGCGGCCUUUCGGAGGGUAUGGAGAAGCGGCAGAGUUUUCUCUCAGAGCUGCAGACGCUUCAGCACAGGACGUGGGCUUCUGCCAGGCCCCCGGCCCCUGCCCUUCCUAUUGGUGACUGGUGGUGGUUACCUUGGUUACAAGCAGUACCAGAAGUGGGGCCAGGGGGAGGAUGGAGCCCCGCCCCCUGUGGCUACACCCACACAGGUGGCAUUGUACCGUUCCUUCCCUACUCGACUCCUCUCUCGGGCGUGGGGUCGUCUGAAUGGGGUGGAGCUCCCCACCUGGCUUCGGAAACCCAUCUACUCCCUGUAUAUCUGGACCUUUGGCGUGAACAUGCAGGAGGCAGCAGUGGAGGAUUUACAUCAUUACAGAAAUCUAGGAGAAUUUUUCAGGCGACGCCUUAAACCUGCAGUCCGACCACUCUGCGCCUCCUCCUGCCUGACCUCUCCGGCUGAUGGAAGGAUCCUCCACUUUGGUCGCGUAAAGAACUCAGAGGUGGAGCAGGUGAAGGGGGUCACCUACAGUCUGGAACAUUUCCUCGGACCACAGAAGAGGCGGUGCAAAGGUAAGACCAGACCGCCUCCAUGUAACGGUGACCAUAUGUACAACUCACGUAGUGUAGUUUUGUAACGCUAACGUCAGAUAUAUUUUAUGUCAUGUAAU